AAUCACUUCUUCAGCAAUUCUUGCCCGUUCGAUGUAAGCCUGGCUCAUCGACAACCCGAAUGAACGCCUUCUCAGCCAAGCCGUCUAUUUCAUUCUGUUCAGAACCUGCGUUCCUUCACUGGGAUGAGCACGUCAAGCGAGCGAGCUCCCCGACGCCCAGUGGCAUCGUUCAGAGAUGUGUGAACCAGGGUAAUCCUCUAGCACCAACAAUAUUGAUACCUAACAUAUCCUCCAUAUUGCAAGAUGCAGAAUCCCAACGACGCCGCAUAUCGGGCAGCUGACCACUCGCGAAAGGGUGCCAUGGAACACGCCUUGGCGAAAGCAGCAGCGAGGUCGGAAAACAUUCUUGGCUCAUCUGAAUCUGAAUCCACGUCAAGCUCAGAGAGCGACAUCUUUGAUGACGAGGCGCGCAGGCACCCGAUUCCCAAGCGUGUCCUAUCGGCAGUCGAAGUUCCGAUGAUUGUCAUGAAUCUCGACCGGGCUGAAAAGGCGUUUGGAAGAAUCACCAGUUUCCAGAACGUGCUCGACUUGGAUCGCCUGAGCAUCCCCUUCUAUCUCAACCCAGAGAGUCCUUUCAGGAGACCUGUCAUGUCGCAUAACGCCGCUACACAUAACGUUGUGCUCAAAAUCACUGUUCCCAAGAGAACAGGGAGGAAACGUAAGACAGGCUCCAGCGGCCCUUUUGAGGGCGAGUCGAACGCGAUGGAGCCUGGGGGUGUGGAUGCACCCUCGUCCCACGUAUGCUCCAAGGCACGAGAAGAUAAUCCAAGAGUCUUGCGCCGGAAGCUACAAGACAACAUCGACGACUAUCGUGUUGAGCCGGUUGGCCUUGUGAAGGGCACGCACCGAUUUCGAGGCCCAGCUGACUUUCAAUGGAACAUGGACGAGUCACCGUUUAUCAAGCGAUUUCAAGAGGGCGUCAUGUCUGGCGACCUUAACAAGAUGCGAGAGUUCAAAUUCAACGAGGGAACAGAUCUGGGUCCGAAUGUUGAACUCAUCCCACCUCCCCAAUGGGCUACAAGCGCCCUGCCUUUCAAUUACACAUAUUACACAUCUAUCUAUACACAUAUGCCUGUAUUGCUCCGCUUCUCCUAUGUGCCGACCAGUACCCCGUACCCAACCGGCCCGCAGUUCGAAUAUGAUGGCGGUGACCCUGAGGUCGAGAUGUGCAUCACCCUCUCCAAGGAGCUUAUGGAGGACAGGCCUAUAUGGACACGAAGAUCGCUCCUAAACGCCCUCGGAACCAAGGUCCGCAACGCACACAUCGUCAAACGCUGUGCGGGCUUUGCAGGAUAUCAGUUUCGAGGUGGGCCGUUCCGUGAUUCCAUCAUCAAGUACGGCGUCGAUCCUCGGUCUGAUCCAAGCUUUCGCAAAUACCAAACUGUCAUCUUCAAUUUACGCAAGCUGCAGCCGGGAUAUGCCGGCGAGACAUGGCAAGGCCUUCGCAGUAUCCGCACCGAAGCCCGACAGCAGAUGGGCGACAAUUUCAACAGCCACGUCUUUGACGGCAAAUCGUUUUGGUCCGAUGGCAAGAUCUGGCAGGUCUGUGACAUCACCGACCCAGUCAUUGCACGGAUCGUAAACGAGUCUCCCGUGCGACCCGAGUGUAGCAUUUUAACGAGCGGGUGGUUCCACGGAGCCACGUGGGCGAAGCUCAAAGCUGUUAUGAAGACAAAGAUGAUGGCAGUUCAAUUUGGACGCAAGUUCCCCGAUGAGGCGUUCGAUGCAGUGUUUGAGGUGCGGGAUACAACGCCCCCGCCCAACUCGUCAGCCGUGCGGAUCCCUGUCCCUGAUCUGAAGCUCACAGACGACGAAAUGCGCGAGAUUUACGGUCGAAACUGGAAGCAACCCAAGAAGAAGAAGACGCACGGGUUUGACUACCGCGUGCCUGGACAGAACAAGCGCGGGCCGCGGCUCAAAAGCGUGGCUGAAGUCGAUGGCGAAGACGACGAGCCGCUCGAAGGAGACAGCGGGCCGAAUAGAUACCAUUUUGCACAUGAGACGGCCCGCGCCCUAGCCGGCAGAGACGAGCAGACGUCAGAUCACAGCCGAGAUGACCAUGUCAAGAUCGAUCCGAACCUGAGGGGCAUUUUGCAGGAGGACGGAGAACCCGACGAGGAUGAGGAAGAGGAAAGCAUCCUGGCGCAAUUAACAGGGUCGGCUGGCCAAAAUGAUGCGAGCAGACCGCCGUAUGCCGACCGGAGCUUCUACGUUCCCAUGGAAGGCGAGGCCGAAGAGACGGGUAACGAGUAUGACGAGGAUGACGAUGAGGAGGAAGACGACGAAGAAGACGACGAUGACGAUUACGUGGCUUUCGGGGCUAAUCGCUUCGGCGGGCCACCAAAACGACAGGCAGAUGCUCUCAGGGACACGGACGUUGAAAUGACAGCAGGGGUAUAUGACGAAGAUGAAGACGAGGAGGACGAGGACGAGGAAGGAGAGGAAGAAGCAGACGACGAUGAGGUCGAGGCUGAAGAGGUUACGGGGAGCGGUGUUGGACCCCGAGGGCCGUCCUUAUAA